AAAAAGGACAAUGGCUCUCUCUACCUCAUCCUUAUCCUUUCCCCCUGACCUCUUCUCUCCUCUCCAGCGCCGCCGCUGGCCCCAGCGCGGCCGCCGUGCUCCUCCUCCACUCGUGCCUCCCAAGCUGCUUCGCCGGAAGCAAUGCGAGGAUCCUGCCCCGGCGGAGGCGCCUCGGCGUCCUUGGCCCCAAGCUUCAACGGCUUCCGAGCCAUGAUCUGUCGCAGGCCGGCAACAGUAAAUUGUACGAGCCGGAUCGGCAUUUCCUUCAUCCAAACAGCCAAAACGGGGCCGUUCCGCGCAGGCGACAGGGCUACGGGAGGAAUUUGCUAUGCUAGCCAGGCGGUUGAAUUGCUGCCCACUUUGUGCCCUGAAAUCGUGGUCCGAGACGCACGGCUCGAGGACUGCUGGGAAGUGGCUGACACUCACUGCAGCUCGUUCUUUCCUGGUUACAAGUUCCCGUUGGACCUUGUUCUCCGGAUUGAUCGUUACAUUGCUCUCCUGUCUGGAUUUUCAGUUCCGCCCGGGUGCAUGAAGACUUGCCUUGUGGCCGUCAAUUCUAAUUCUGUAAAUAAUAGUUUCACCAUCGAGUGUGGAGAUGUUACAGAUGCCAGCUUUCAAGAAUACAGUCUCAGUAGAGGUUCCAUAGCUGGCAUUCUUACUCUUGAUACAGUGGCAGACUAUCUUCCGAGAAGGGGACCCCUGAAGCAGAGAAGGACAGGUAUUGCAUAUAUAGCAAAUGUGGCAGUGCGAAAGGAGGAGCGUCGGAAAGGAAUUGCUAAAAUGUUAGUCCAAGAAGCAGAGGCACGGGCAAGGAGUUGGGGAUGCCGGUCAAUGGCAUUGCAUUGUGAUGUAAACAACAUAGCUGCCCUACGUCUGUACAAAAAUCAAGGUUUCAAAUGCAUCCGUGUACCAGAAGGAGCUAAAUGGCCUGAACCCAAGAUAGCUAAAGGAGUGCAAUACAACUUCAUGAUGAAGCUAGUGCCCAAGGCUUGACCUGUAUAAGAUCUGACCAGGAAAAAGAAAAGAUUUGAGUCUGUAGAUUCUGCACAGAUGCACAAUUUGCUCCAUUCAUGUGUACAGCAUUUGGUAUAUAGUUGAGGCUACUUUGUAAAUGGUAUAUAUCAGCUUACGUAUUGAUCCAAAGUGGUGAGGGUGUUGGUGUUCAAACCAGCCCGUACUAGCUGUUGGGGGGAAAUGAACUAAAGCAUACUUCACUUGUCUUAUUGUGUGUAAUUCUUGAGAUUCUACAGGAUGCCAGCCUUGCUGCUGGGGCGAAGUUCUAAAUUUUUGUUUUUUUGCUGUA